UAAGUUUCCAGAGUGGGUUGGUUCACCCAGCGAGACUGAUCUUUCUACUCCAGUUGAGUUUAGUCCAUUCACAGCUGAGAAAAACUUUGUGUUACUUUUUAUUUGAUUCCAGUGAUCUCUGCAUCUUCGAGAAGUGUUGAGAUCAAAAACUGCACAAAAAGAUGCAAACUCUAACUCUCAUCACAUGCUUGGUGGCCACAGUGUUUGCCAGCCCAAUCCGUAAAGCCAGAGAUAUAUCCAGCAGUCAGGAGAACCUAGUGAUAAAUCCUUUCUUGUUUACAAGCAACCGUUUAUACCGUCCGAGCCAAAUUGGUCCCAACUAUCGCUUAAACUCCAGGUUUCCAAACUACUUUGGCUACUUUCCAAACCCACAAAAUCCAAACCACAAUGGCUAUGAUGUGAACCAGCAAUAUCCUAAUUACAGAGACCCCAACUACAACUACUACCCUUUCCAGCAAUAUCCUACUUAUCCAAAUGUAUUUAAUGGCUAUCCAAUGCUCUUUAAUUCCUAUCCUUCGAAAGGGAGGAGAGCUAAUGUUUUGGGAGUAAAUGGUGUUCAAAUGAACUCCCUCAGCAUGAGUUCUGAGAUAUCAGCUGAGGACAUAAACGAUAUGGAAGGUACUCUGGUCAGGAUUCCCUUUGUAAAUGUGCCAUUCGUAGUACCAGAUUAUGGGGUUCCUGUGGUACCAGGUAACGGGGUACCCUUUCCACCAGACAAUGAGAGACCUUUCGCACCUGGGGUAGAUACUAAUGCUGUGGAUGUUGGAUUCAACCAACAAAACUCCCAGGAACUGGCUACUGAAGUUUCUGAUACAGAGGAACCUGCUAGUGUUCUCCCAUACUCUGACGCUGUGCAAGGAACGGGCUCAUUGGGAUUAAACGGUGAAGAUGAUUCCAUGAUUGGAUACAGUAAUGAGGACAUUCGCCAACAAAACACAAUGUAUGAGCUGGCUGGAUUUGAUGUGAUAUAUGAUCAAACCCUGAAUAAUGAGGAAUUGGCCAAUCAGCAAAUGUCAAAUGGAAACUUGGAUGAAGAUGUUCAAACUCUAGAGGAUGAGACCCAGAAUAUUGGUACCAACACAGUGGAUAUGAAUUCAAUGGCAUUUUCCUAUGAUGAAGAUGACAACGAUGAUGGAAUAGAAUCCAAUCUCAAUGUAGCAGUAUUCAAUAACAAUGGACCAGGUACUCAGGAGCAGACAAACACUCAAUCCAAUGAAGAUGACCUCAACCAGAUCAACGUAGCAAACUCCAACCCUUUGGAUAAUUCUCAAUCCAAUGAAGAUGGCCUCAAUCAGAUCAAUGUAGUAAAUUCCAACCCGUUGGAUAAUUCUCAAUCCAAUGAAGAUGACCUCAACCAGAUCAAUGUAGCAAAUUCCAACCCGCUGGAUAAUUCUCAAUCCAGUGAAGAUGGCCUCAAUCAGAUCAAUGUAGCAAACUCCAACCCGCUGGAUAAUUCUCAAUCCAGUGAAGAUGGCCUCAAUCAGAUCAAUGUAGCAAACUCCAACCCGCUGGAUAAUUCUCAAUCCAAUGAAGAUGACCUCAACCAGAUCAAUGUAGCAAAUUCCAACCCGCUGGAUAAUUCUCAAUCCAGUGAAGAUGGCCUCAAUCAGAUCAAUGUAGCAAACUCCAACCCGCUGGAUAAUUCUCAAUCCAGUGAAGAUGGCCUCAAUCAGAUCAAUGUAGCAAACUCCAACCCGCUGGAUAAUUCUCAAUCCAGUGAAGAUGGCCUCAACCAGAUCAAUGUAGCAAACUCCAACCCAUUGGAUAACACUCAAUCCAAUGAAGAUGACCUCAAUCAGAUCAAUGUAGCGAACUCCAACCCGUUGGAUAAUUCUCAAUCCAGUGAAGAUGGCCUCAACCAGAUCAAUGUAGCAAACUCCAACCCAUUGGAUAACACUCAAUCCAAUGAAGGUGACCUCAAUCAGAUCAAUGUAGCGAACUCCAACCCGCUGGAUAAUUCUCAAUCCAGUGAAGAUGGCCUCAACCAGAUCAAUGUAGCAAACUCCAACCCAUUGGAUAACACUCAAUCCAAUGAAGCUGACCUCAAUCAGAUUAAUGUAGUGAACUCCAACCCGCUGGAUAAUUCUCAAUCCAGUGAAGAUGGCCUCAACCAGAUCAAUGUAGCAAACUCCAACCCAUUGGAUAACACUCAAUCCAAUGAAGCUGACCUCAAUCAGAUCAAUGUAGUGAACUCCAACCCGCUGGAUAAUUCUCAAUCCAGUGAAGAUGGCCUCAACCAGAUCAAUGUAGCAAAUUCCAAUGUUGAUGUUGGACCUGUUUAUGACAAGGAUGGUGACAGCACUAAUUCCAAUGUCAACAAUGGAGCUGAUUUCAAUCAGGGUACAAAUGGUGAUGGAGCCAAUGAAGAUGAUAGGAGUGAGACUAACAACAUGCAAAACGAACUCAACUCUUGUAAGAAGAUCCGCUGCAGGCAUGGAAGGGUCUGCAAGCUCAAUGAGAAUGGAUACCCCACUUGCAUCUGCCAGGACCUAACGGCCUGCCCUGUAACCUCUCCUGAGUUCCAACAGGUGUGUGGCACAAACAACAGGACAUAUGGAAACUCUUGCCAGUUUUUCGCUUCUAAGUGUCUUCUUGAAGGAAUCAAGAUGGGACACAACAUUCACCUGGACUAUAUGGGAUCCUGCAAAUAUAUUGCUCCUUGCUCGGAUAAUGAGCUGAAAGAGUUCCCGUUACAUUUACGUGCUUGGCUGAAAAAUAUCCUGAUACAGAUGUAUGAGCGAGAUUUACAUUCUCCUGGCUUACUAUCUCAGAAAGAGAGAACAACAGUUAAAGAAAUCUAUGAUGAUGAGCAGCGUCUUCACCCUGGUGAUCGCUCUUUCGACCAGCUCUUCAACGACUUCAGUCACAAUUACCAAAUGUACAUCUACCCUGUUCACUGGCAGUUCAGUCAGCUGGAUCGGCAUCCAAUGGAUGGUUAUCUUAGCCACUCUGAGCUGGCUCCGCUCCGCACUCCGUUAAUUCCCUUGGAGCAUUGCACGUCCCAGUUUUUCAGAGGGUGCGACCUUGAUGGUGACAGAGAUAUCUCCCUGAGAGAAUGGGGCAGGUGUUUUUCCCUCAAAGAAGAGGACAUUAAUCCCAACCUUGUCUACUAAUGUGCUGAUUAACUGCAUUGAAGAUGAUGUCGGGCCUAAACUUUAACUCCUAUACGUCUGACAAUCUUUGAUCUAUCGAGAUGCUACCGCUGGACAGUGAAUAUCACCUUCAUCACUGAAAAUAUUCAAACAAACAUGUCCUUUUCUUGCAGUUUAAAUACAUUUCUAUUUGGGGCAUAAGGCUUUCUGGUAUUAUAUAGAAUAGGAAGACAAAAUGCUGAGCAAUUCCUCAUGAAUAUUCAUGAUUUUCCCAAACUGGAUACACGGCUGGAAGAAUCCAAGCAGUCAUUGAUUAUUGCCUAUUAAAUGUCAGGACACAUAAGUUUUGUUUAGCGUCAAUACCAAGUUAUCAAAGACAAGGGCAUUUCUGUUGUAGACGUUGAGAGUAAUCUCUACAUGUUUAUAUUAUUUAUAUAUAUAUAAUAUAGGUGUGUUUGUGUGAAAUAUAAAGGGCUUUUAAAAAGUUAUUUCUGUAAUGAAUAGGACUUGAUUUAAUUGUGUGUCUGCUCUUGGUAAAUCUAUUUGAUAAACUCUACUCACUU